GCCUGUUGUAGGCCAAGAAGGCACAACAACCCUGUGAGGUAGGCCUUCCCGUUGUUUUCAAUGCUGGGCAAGGACUAAGAGAGCAAGGGCCAUCCAGCCCAACUCCAUUCUACCAUUGGAAGACACCAUCAAAGCCCUCCUGUCAGAUGGCCAUCCAGCUUCAGCUUAAAGACCUCCAGAGAAGGAGACUCUGUCAUCAUCAUUAUCAAAGGGAGGAGCUAGCCAGCAGCAUCUUCUCCAAAUCCAGAGCCUGGGCGCAUCUGCCGGAGGAGAGAAGGCAGAGAGGGAGAGAGGGAGGGAGGGGGGAGAGGCGGGGGAAGCCUCUUUUUCGCGCCCCCCCAAGAGCUUUGCAUCCGAGCCUCUCCCCCCCUCCCGGCUUUUCAUGUUUUGCCGGAGGAAGGGGCCCCAGGGGGUGCCUGGAGGAGGACGAGGAGGAAGGGGUCCAGGUGUUGGCAACUGCAACGCAAGCAAGUGAAGAAGACCCUUCCUGUGCCCCCUCCCAAGAGGAGAGAAAAGAGCAAGAAGACCCUCCAGGUUUCAUUUGCCUCGCCAUGUCGCGUCUGUCGCGUCUGAAGGCGUCAGCCUUGCUGUUGGCUCUCUUCCUCCCAGCGCCGUUGGCAACCGUGGACGACCACCUGAGCUUCCCCGGGACCGGGGCAGCGUCCGCGGAUGGCAGCAACCGAAGUGCCAAGUGCGAGGAGGCCACCGAGUGCAAAGAAGGCGUCAUCCUGCCCGUGUGGCUCCCCCAGAACCCUUCCGUGGGCGACAAAGUGGCCAGGGCCAUCGUCUACUUCGUGGCGCUGAUCUACAUGUUCCUGGGCAUGUCCAUCAUUGCGGACCGCUUCAUGUCCUCGAUCGAAGUCAUCACCUCGCAGGAGAAGGAGAUCACCAUCAAAAAGCCCAACGGCGAGACCACCACCACCACCAUCCGCAUCUGGAACGAGACGGUCUCCAACCUGACCCUCAUGGCGUUGGGUUCCUCCGCUCCCGAGAUCCUCCUCUCCAUCAUUGAAAUCGUGGGCCACAACUUCAACGCCGGAGAUAUGGGGCCCAGCACCAUCGUCGGGAGCGCCGCCUUCAACAUGUUCAUCAUCAUAGCGGUCUGCAUCCACGUGGUCCCGGAAGGCGAGGUGCGGCGCAUCAAACACCUGCGGGUCUUCUUUGUCACUGCGGCGUGGAGCAUCUUCGCCUACAUCUGGCUGUACCUCAUCUUGGCCUGGUUUUCUCCUGGUGUGGUCGAGUUAUGGGAAGGCCUUCUUACCUUCCUCUUCUUUCCUCUCUGCGUGCUUCAGGCUUGGGUGGCCGACCGGAGGCUGCUCUUCUACAAGUACGUUCAGAAGAAGUACCGCGCGGACAAAGCCCGGGGCCUUAUCAUCGAGACCGAAGGCGAUACCGGUUACCCGAAACUGGACAUGGAGAUGGAUAACUCACUCAAGGAGGGGUGUGAAGGCCUCGUGGAUGGGGAGAAGGACCAGGACGACGAAGCCCGGCGGGACAUGGCUCGCACUUUGAGGGACCUCAAGCAGAAGCACCCAGAAAAGGACAUGGAACAACUGAUCGAGAUGGCGAACUACCAUGUGCUGGUUCAGCAACAGAAAAGCCGAGCCUUUUACCGCAUCCAGGCCACACGCAUGAUGAUCGGCGCCGGGAAUAUCCUCAAGAAGCACGCUGCCGACCAAGCCCGCAAAGCGAUAAGCAUGCAAGAGGUGCGCGUGGAAGAAGACGAGUCCGUGACCAAAGUCGGCUUCGAACCGUCGCAUUACCAAUGCUUUGAGAACUGUGGCUCCGUGGUGCUGACCGUGGCCCGCCGAGGAGGGGACCCCGGCCGCGUCACGCUGCGAGUGGACUUCCGCACCGAGGACGGGACAGCCAACGCCGGCUCGGACUACGAGUUUGCCGAGGGCACUUUGCUCUUCAAGCCGGGGGAGACGCACAAGGAAGUGCGCGUCGGCAUCAUCGACGACGACAUUUUCGAGGAGGACGAGUACUUUUACGUCCACCUCAGCAACGUGAGGGCCGCCUGGUCCGAGCCGGGGCCUGAGCCUCCCCCCAAAGCGUGCCUCGGCCCUUCCAAGAUGGCAACCGUCACCAUCUUCGACGACGACCACGCCGGCAUCUUCACCUUUGAAGGAGCCUCCAUGCGGGUGAGCGAGAGCGUGGGUGCCGUGCGCAUCAAGGUGCUGAGGACCUCAGGGGCCCGCGGGCGAGUGGCCAUCCCCUUCCACACCAUUGAAGGCACGGCCAAGGCGGGAGAGGAUUACGAGGAGGUGGCCGGCAAAGUGGAGUUCCAGAACGACGAGACCAUGAAAUACAUUGAAAUAAAAAUUAUCGAUGACGAGGAGUACGAGAAGAACAAGAACUUCCACCUGGAGCUGGGACCGCCAGUGCUGCUGGACACCGGCCCACGGCACGGGGACUCCAACGAGAAUCGACUGCCUGAAGGAGGUGAAGAGAUUGCCAAGAUGGGCUGCCCCACUCUGGGAGAGUACACCAAACUGGAAGUUAUUAUCGAGGAGUCCUAUGAGUUCAAGAGCACUGUGGACAAAUUGAUCAAGAAAACUAACUUGGCGCUUGUGGUUGGCAGCAGCAGUUGGAGGGAACAGUUUGUGAGCGCUGUCACCGUCAGUGCUGGUGAUGAUGAAGAUGAUGACUCUGGCGAGGAGCGCCUCCCUUCCUGCUUCGAUUACAUCAUGCACUUCCUGACCGUCUUCUGGAAGGUCCUCUUCGCCUUUGUGCCGCCCACCGAGUACUGGUGUGGCUGGGCCUGCUUCUUCGUCUCCAUCUGUCUCAUCGGGGUGCUCACCGCCCUCACCGGGGACCUGGCUGGGCACUUCGGCUGCACCAUCGGCCUCAAGGACUCGGUCACGGCCGUGGUUUUCGUGGCGCUAGGCACCUCCGUGCCUGAUACCUUUGCCAGCAAAGUGGCUGCCAUUCAAGACCAGCACGCGGACGCCUCCAUCGGCAACGUGACGGGCAGCAACGCCGUCAACGUCUUCCUGGGCAUCGGGGUGGCUUGGAGCAUUGCCGCCGGCUACUGGGCCAGCCAGGGCAAGCCGUUCGUGGUGCAGCCGGGCACGCUGGCCUUCUCCGUCACCCUCUUUACCAUCUUUGCCUUCGUCAGCAUCGCCGUGCUCAUGUACCGGCGCCGCCCGCCGGUUGGCGGAGAACUGGGUGGGCCCCGAACCCACAAGACCCUCGCCACCCUCCUCUUUGUGAGCCUCUGGCUGAUCUACAUCCUCCUGGCAGCCCUGGAAGCCUACUGCCACAUCAAGGGCUUCUAAGCCACGGGGGUCCAGCUGGGGCUCGUUGGCUUCGAGGCUAGGCUGACUUGGAAGGAGAUACCCUUCACCCCAACUCCAUGGCUCCCUUCAACACGGGGACACUGUCUCUCCUGUUGACUUUGCCCAACAGUGACCUGUGGUUGGUGAUGGCGGUGGCCAACAAUGGGCUUAUCCUGCAAGGCUCUGGGUUUAACUCUGGUUCUCCUCCUGCACUGGACCAAGGAGAGGGUCUUCCUUCUCCAGUUGGAGAAAUUGAGCUGCUCCCGUCUCCUGGUUUCUUGACAAGGCUCUCCUUGCCUCUUGGGAGAACAUCGGGUUUGGGGAACGUAGCGUCUUGAGACCAUUGUGUUUGGGGAACACUAGUGUCUUGGAGACCAUUGUGUUUGGGGAACACUAGUGUCUUGGAGAUCACUGUGUUUGGGGAACCCUAGUGUCUUGGGAGACCAUCGUGUUUGGGCAACACUCAUGUCUUGGAGACCAUCGUGUUUGGGGAACCCUAGUGUCUUAGAGACCAUCGUGUUUGAGGAAUACUCGUGUCUUGGAAACCAUCAUGUUUGGGGAACCCUAGUGUCUUGGAGACCAUUGUAUAUGAGGAAUACUUGUGUCUUGAAGACCAUUGUGUUUGGGGAACCCUAGUGUCUUGGAGACCAUUGUAUUUGAGGAAUACUCAUGUCUUUAAGACCAUCAUGUUUGGGGAACCCUAGUGUCUUAGAGAGCAUUGUAUUUGAGUAAUACUCGUGUCUUGGAGACCAUAAUGUUUGGGGAACCCUAGUGUCUUGGAGACCAUUGUAUUUGAGUAAUACUCGUGUCUUGGAGACCAUCAUGUUUGGGGAACCCUAGUGUCUUGGAGACCAUUGUAUUUGAGGAAUACUCGUGUCUUGGAGACCAUCAUGUUUGGGGAACCCUAGUGUCUUAGAGACCAUUGUAUCUGAGGAAUACUCAUGUCUUGAAGACCAUUGUGUUUGGAGAACCCUAGUGUCUUGGAGACCAUUGUAUUUGAGGAAUACUAGUGUCUUGAAGACCAUUGUGUCUGGGGAACCCUAGUGUCUUGGAGAACACUGUAUUUGAAGAAUAUUCAUGUCUUGAAGACCAUUGUGUUUGGGGAACCUUAGUGUCUUGGAGACCAUUGUAUUUGAGGAAUACUCGUGUCUUGGAGACCAUCAUGUUUGGGGAACCCUAGUGUCUUAGAGACCAUUGUAUCUGAGGAAUACUCAUGUCUUGAAGACCAUUGUGUUUGGAGAACCCUAGUGUCUUAGAGACCAUUGUAUUUGAGGAAUACUAGUGUCUUGAAGACCAUUGUGUUUGGGGAACCUAGUGUCUUGGAGACCAUUGUAUUUGAGGAAUACUCGUGUCUUGAAGACCAUAAUGUUUGGGGAACCCUAGUGUCUUGGAGAACACUGUAUUUGAAGAAUAUUCAUGUCUUGAAGACCAUUGUUUGGGGAACCCUAGUGUCUUGGAGACCAUUGUGUUUGAGGAACACUCAUGUCUUGCAGACCAUUGUGUUUGGGGAACCCUAGUGUCUUAGAGACCCAUCUUCUCCAGAUCUAGGUGUGUGUGGGGACGGUUGCAAGAGACUCAAAUAAUAAUAAGGCAGGCUACGGGUUAUUUCUCCUCUGCUGAUCUGGGUGAACAAGAAAAUCUCAGACGGUGUGGAGAAAGAAAGUGACACCACUCCCCUCCGUAGCCAGCUCUUGCCACCUUCACAAAUGUAGGAUGGGUUCAAUCAUGCCAGGCCCAUACAAACAUCCAGCCCCCAGCUCUUUGUUCUCUGAUCCAAGCUGAGGGCACUUCAUACCCUGAAGGUUGGACACCUGAGCCAUGUCCCUCGUUGACUAAACCUUUAGGUGCAUUGAAGUGAGAUUGGCGCUGUCCGUUCUCCUCCCGGCCAAAUAACUCGAUCACGGCUGGAGGAGACUGGUAGACAAAACCAAGAAGGAAGAAGAGUCCUGCUCUGCCAGUUUACCCUGUUCCAAGCACAGUCAAAUCCCCACUUUUAGAAAUCAAAUAAAUAAAAAUCCAGAACAGCACAAAAUCCAAAAGCAAAAAAAAAUAACUGCUAGUCUUCCUCCCUUGGCCCUGUCCACAUGGCACAACCCCCACAUUCCCACACCGACUUCCUUUUUCUGUACAGAACCCAGAUUUCUAUUUAGUUGAAUUUAUUUUGCUUACGAGAAGAACAUAAAAUUUUAUUUUAUUUUUAUUUAAGCAAGGGGGAGGGACCCCGGACCCCGAUCCCACUGUCUGCCCUCGCCCUAAGUGUGGACUCCCUUCCCGUUCCCUCUGCCGUGGCCGCUGUGCACCGUGCUUCCUUCCUCCCAACCUCCUCAAAAUGGGGGGCAAAACCCUGUCCCCCCGUUUGCAUGGCGGCCCCCCGUUUCCUCCCCACACGACUGUCUGGUCUUGUGUGUUGCUACGUCACGUCACGCCGUGUUCACGCUUGCCCACCGUCUCUCGCCAGUGCCUGCUGGUUGCUCGCCCUUGCCGUCGUCUCCUUCCCCGACAUGUGCCCUUUCUCUAUGUCCUGCUGCCUGAACUAUUUUGGAUUUGUUUUGUGUUGUGUGUAUUUGUGUUUCCUUUUUCUUAAAAAAAAAGUGAUUGAAAAAUUU